AUGUCACACAGCAAGCGGAACACUGCUCGCUCCAUCUUCACCGCCCACGAACGAGCCGUCGCCCACGCCCAUUGGAACACGUCGACAAGCGCACGUCUGACCCGCGACUCUUUCCUCCCCUUUGGAUCAUGCAGCCUCUGUCUUGAGCUCGCGCGCGACCCGGUCGCCUGUUCGCGCGGCGAUGUCUUCUGUCGCGAGUGCGCAUUGGCGAACAUCCUCGCGCAGAAGAAGGAGCUAAAGCGUGCCGAGAAGGCUCGAGCGGAGCAGGAAGAAGAAGACAAGCGACGGGCGGCGCUGAUGGAGGAGGAGGAAAAGGAGAGGGCUGUCAGGGACUUUGAGAGGACGCAGGCUGGUCUCUCGGUGCAAGGGCAGAUCAAGGCACCCGUCGAGGUUCCCACGACCACGAUACCGACCUCAAAGACCAAGACCAUUGAGUGGAAACCGGAGAAUGGGUCACAAUCUACAAACAAGAAUGAGGGGGAUGCGGAAUCUGCCAACGGAGCAAAGCGCAAAUUCACCUUGGACGACGAAGACGUCGAGCGUACGGCGAAGCAGGACAGGGCGAAAGCUCGGAAAGCGAUUGACGACGAAAAGGCAACCAAACCCUCCCUCCCAUCCUUCUGGACCCCAUCCCUCACGCCCGACAUCAGGGACUCCAAGCUCGGCCCGGCGACCAAGAAGCACAAGUCGACACCGACAUGCCCCUCGUCGCAAGCCGAGAACCCACAUCCCUUAUCCAUGCAGAAGCUCAUCACGAUCAAGUUUGAAGAGCUGAUGGACGACUCGACCAAGGACAAGCGCAGGUCGUGCCCCUCGUGUCGCAAAGCGUUGACCAACGCCUCCGCGCCCAUCAUGGCCAAGCACUGCGGCCACGUACUCUGCGAAAAGUGUGUGCAGACCUUCCUCAUCCCGCCCAAGGGCAAGCCCGUGAAAGAGGAGGACUCGGUUCUCGCCUGCUUCGUGUGCGACGAGCCCGUGGCCGUGCUGGCUACGGGCGACGAGGCUACCAAGGAUAGCCUCCCGACGGGACUGGUCGCUCUCCGCUCUGAAGGGACGGGCUUCUCCGCCAAGGGCGCGAGCAAUGUCCGCAAGGCUGGCGUGGCGUUCCAGGCGUGA